UACCACUCACCAGCAGGAUACUCCGAGUUCAAAAUGGAUGGGAAUAAAACUCGCUGUCCUGGCAGGUUAUGUGGCUUACGUGGUUAUCAAUUUGUUAAUGUGGAUAGCGUUCACGGCGGCUUUACGAAAAACUGGUAGGUGUAUCACCAUCCUUGCACUGAACUCUCUGGCGAAUUUUGGAUUUUCGUUACUUGAGUGGGAAAGCCUCAAGGAAGAAGACAAAGGACACCAGAUGAAGAUCGGCUAUAUUGCAGAUGAACCAAUGGAGGAAAGUGCGCUGCGGCUCAGUUGGCUACAACGGAGAGAAAAUGAAAUCUCAGUGAAACAUUACAAAGGGUA